AUGGCUUCCCAAGGCGACAAGACCGUCUUCGGCAUGCCCGGAUUCGUUGUCGACUUUUUGAUGGGUGGUGUUUCUGCUGCUGUCUCCAAGACUGCUGCUGCCCCUAUCGAGCGUGUCAAGCUCCUCAUCCAGAACCAGGAUGAGAUGCUUCGCGCCGGUCGUCUCGACCGCAAGUACGCCGGUAUCAUGGACUGCUUCCGUCGUACCGCCGCUGCUGAGGGUGCUAUGUCCUUGUGGCGUGGUAACACUGCCAACGUUAUCCGUUACUUCCCUACCCAGGCCUUGAACUUUGCUUUCCGUGACACCUACAAGAGCAUGUUCGCCUUCAAGAAGGAGCGUGAUGGAUACUGGUGGUGGAUGGCCGGUAACUUGGCCUCUGGUGGUGCUGCUGGUGCCACUUCCCUCCUCUUCGUCUACUCCCUCGACUACGCCCGUACCCGUCUUGCCAACGACGCUAAGUCCGCCAAGGGCGGCGGUGACCGUCAGUUCAACGGUCUCGUUGACGUCUACAAGAAGACCCUUGCUGCUGAUGGUAUUGCUGGUCUCUACCGUGGUUUCUCUGUCUCCGUUGCUGGUAUCAUCGUCUACCGUGGUCUCUACUUCGGUAUGUACGACUCGCUCAAGCCUGUCGUCCUCGUCGGUCCUCUUGAGGGUAACUUCCUUGCUUCUUUCUUGCUCGGUUGGUCCGUCACCACUGGUGCUGGUAUUGCUUCUUACCCUCUUGACACCAUUCGUCGUCGUAUGAUGAUGACCUCUGGUGAGGCCGUCAAGUACAAGUCUUCCUUCGAUGCCGCUCGCCAGAUCGCCGCCAAGGAGGGUGUCAAGUCCUUCUUCAAGGGUGCCGGUGCUAACAUCCUCCGUGGUGUUGCUGGUGCUGGUGUGUUGUCUAUCUACGACCAGGUUCAGCUCGUCCUCUUCGGCAAGAAGUUCAAGGGUGGCUCUGGUUAA